AAGUAAAGAGUCAGAUUUCAUUACAGAAUCAGGUGAAUGUUUAUAAAUAUGUUGUCUAGGUUGGUCACAUGCUGACAGUACAUGCAUGUCUCUUAUGUCUACACAUCAUAUAAAUGGAAAAUAAUUACUUAUCAGCAAUAAUGUUGUGUAUCAUUUUUAUGUGUGGCAGCUUUUUUCCCCACUGGUUAAGGAUAUGGAGUAAAAUAGCUUUCAAAAAUGACAGUAUUGGAAAAAAAAUACUUAGUACAGUAUAUAUACCAGUUGUACUGUGAAUAUUAAGUUUGUGCAUGUUGAAUCAUGAUGAAAUGAGAUCAUAUUAAACCACUAUUUGAUACCCUGCAAAUACAGAAGAGUUGUGUAUAAUGUAUUCAUUCUGAAAUAAAAGGAGGAGGUCAUAUUUUAUUUUUCAAGACUAGUCAUGUGUGCAGCCUUUUAAAGAUUUUUUUCUAGGCAGGAUUUCCAGUUAAAAACUUCCUUGAAAAUUAAGAAGCUUUAAUGUCUUGGCAAAGUUUCCAGAAAUUUAAAGGUAAAUAAUGCUGUUCACCAUACACCUCACGAAAUAAACAAGGCCUCCAUUAGGAUGGUUAAAUAUGAUUGGAUAUGAAUUGUAAUGAAAUAUUUUCCUAUAUAUAUGAUUUAUUACUAUAAAUACAACAAUUUCUUCAUGGAUGUACCAAGAUGACUGAUUUAUUGAAUGACCCAUCACUGACCUUAAAUGGCCUACUUAAGCCUGAAACUGUCCGGAAGUUGGGUGAGGAACUUCUGCCCAAUUUCACAGAGAUGGUUAGAUCCCAAGGGGCGAUGUUAUCUUUACCCGUGAUCCGGCCAGAGUCUCCUUGUCUUCCAUUGGACCUGCACAUGAGUCCAAAACGGUCUUCUUCUGAGGUAAACCAGGAGUCAAUACCAAGUUCACAGCAGCCGCAUGAUUCAACCAUUAGCCAAGAUCGGCAGCAUGAUACAGAACAAGAUCAGGAGGAGGUUGGUUAUUUUUCUUUGACACCUCAGCAAUUGAAAGACCGAGCUCAGGAAUUUUUAAUGUACUCCAAGUCUGGAUCCAAGAGAAAACUGAAAAUUCCUGUUUGUGUACCAGACGAUAUGGGGAUGGAAUGUGUGUCUGACAGGGAGGUUUUGCUGGGUUACUAUAAGGAAAUGAUGUUACAGAAAGAGGGAAGUCCUUGCAAACAGACCAGACAUUCAGUGUCUGAGUCUUCCACAGCAGGAGGACUUGUUGCAGAGGAAACUCGCAAUCCCGAGACAUAUUCUCCAACUUGCUCACCAUCAGAAAACAGUGCCCCUGGCAGUCCUAUCAACAAAACUGCAAGCAGCCCAACAUCAAAAACUGAGGGCAGUUCAGAACCCGAUAGCCCACAAUCUACAACCCAAGGUGGGCCAGAACAAGGUUCCUACCCAUGUACGCAUUGUGAUAAGAGUUUUGCCUACAUGGGAAAUCUCAAACGUCAUAUCAAGAUGCAUCACGGGGAAUACCGUCCGUACAAAUGCCAUUUGUGCAUAAAACGCUUUUGGGGCAACGACAGUUUGGAGCAGCAUGUUAAACGCGUUCAUUCACGAUUUCGACCAUACGAAUGUGCCCAUUGCGAUAAGAAAUACUCUGUUUGCUAUGAUCUCCAAAAGCAUGUGAGAAGUGUUCAUGGGAAAGAUAUUGACUGGAAUAUGGAUGUUCCCAGUAUUCCUUCCGAUGGGCAAGGGACCAAUCCAGGUGUUGGAACUCACAAGGUCACAGGGAUCAAAACUCAGGCACUCAAUCAGCUUAACCACAAGUGCAAGUUCUGUGGACGAGGUUUCGCAACCUUCAAUGGACUAGGUGUUCACCUGAAAAUGCAUUUCAGAUGCCGAGUCUGUUUCAAAGGUUUUAAUACAGAAUCUUCUCUUCGCAUCCACCUGCAGAAAGCUCACGACAUUGCUGGGGACCAGGAGUAUGUGCUCUGAUGGGCUGAGGUGAUUAGUUCACCAAGAUAUUAUAACUGAGCUUUGAUAAUCACAUGUUUUACAGUCCCAAAGUCUUCCAAGUUUCAAGAAUUCCAUUUUCUAUACUUAACAUUAUAGCUGGUGUAAAAUAUGUAUUUUUCACGUUUUUGCAGUGUUUUCUAUAGUUCACAGAUUUUAACUUUGUUAUUUGUAUUAAAGAUAAGAAUUUCUUGUUUAGUUUGGACAGUUUGAAAAUUGUCUGUUAUCGGUAAUUGAUGAUAUUGAGUAGUAUUUUGCAGCAUGCAUUAUUAAAGUUGUCUCAUAUUCCAUAAAUUAUAACAUUCCAUUUUUGUGUGCUUUCAAAACUUCUUUUUUUAAUGAGUGCUUAAAUUUACCUUUUUUUUUUUAAUUGAGUAGUUUAGUUGGAGUAUAUAUUGAAAACUAUGGCAUUCCAGAGCAUUUUUAAUGUCCAUUUUGGCAACUGUGGUGUCUAUGAAUUUUGAUGCAUCCAUCUGGCUUUCUGCCCAGUAGUUUUUAUGUCUUCAUUUUGCCACUGACUAAACUGUCACUGUCAUUUGCUAGAAUACAUCAUGUGAUUGCCAACCAUAUUUUUUGUGGAUGGUUAGUAACAAACCCAUAUCUAGCAGUGUGCUGAAACAGUGGAUUUGAAAGAAAUCAUGUUUAUGAAUUUGUUAAUGUUUGUAAAAAAAAUUUCUUUUUUGUACAUUAAGAUAGUGCUCCUUUAUUAGUGAUGUAGUUGAAUGUUAUUUACAGUGAAACUGGCGAGUACGAGCCAGAGCUGGCAUAUUUAUAGCACUAUCAUUUUUUACAUACUGUGUAAUAUUUCUUUAUAAUGAUAAGGUCCUCAACAAAAUCAAAGAGUGGUUACUCGAAAAACCAUUUACCCUACUGUCUGUGAGCUUUAUCAACCCAAUAUUUUUCUGUAGAUUGUCAGUUACAAAAGAAAUACAUAUGACUGAGAGGUCGUCUUUAAAGAUUCUGUAACUUCAUUACGUUCAUGGGUGUUAGGUAUUCAAGGAUAUAAAUUUGUAUGUACAAUGUAGUAAUCCCAUUUUAGAGUGGAAAGUGGAUUGUGCUGAAAAUAUAUAGCUCACCUGAGCUGAAAGGUCAAGUGUGUUUUUCUUGACAAAGUUUGUUUUUUGUCUGUCUUUCAACUCUUCACACCUGGACUUCUCAUUUAGAGUGAGAAUCACCGGAGGAUGAGGACUCAGAAACCAAAUUCCUGUCAUUAAAAAACCCUCACUGCUACAAGCCCGCAUGUCUAAAUGUGACACUCAUCUAAAGCUACAAGCCUGCGUGUCUAAAUGUGACACUCAUCUAAAGCUACAAGCCCGCGUGUCUAAACGUGACACUCAUCUAAAGCUGUUGAGGUCUCAGUAUGAGUGAAAAAUUCUGGAAGAAACAUAAAAUAAACAAUUCAAAUAUCACCUUAAUUUGAAAGGUAGACUUAAGUCUUAGAUUUUACUUAAAUUUUGACUGCUCAAAUAGAAGAAAACUCAAACUUAUGUUUGAGAUUUUUUCAAGAAAUCUAAGCCAGGGUUGAUCCAAAAUACAAUGUAGAGUUUUAAAGUUGCAGCAAUUACUGCUUAUGUGAGCAAUUAAUGGAUGAGGCUCUUGUUGAAAAUCAUGACUAUUAUUUUGUUAUCUUUGAUAAAGACUUAAUGUUCGCUACCUUGAAGAUAAAAAAUGUCAUUUGUACAAACUAGGGAAGAUGGGAAUUCAAAAGUUAUUGCCACUUCAGAAGAUUUUUGUAUGUGCUAUUUGAAGCUUCUUUGAUUGUAAAAUAAGAAAACUCGUACACAUAGAAUAAUGAAAUUGGAAGUUGUUUUCCCUUUCAUAUUCAAAUAUGAAUACCGGGGUAAUGUCCAUAGUAAUUCAUAAGAUAUCUACAUAUAUGGAGUGCUUUAAUAAUGUAUAUGGUCUGAACGAUAACAAAAAUGCAUUUUUCUUUUCAUAUGAUAUCGUAAAAUGUGUUGUUUGUGCUUUUCUUUAAUCACCUCUACUUUCACUUUCAAUAUUUAUUAUGAGUUUGCUGUGACCUAUAAAUUACAUUUUUUUCCAAUUUCAGUGAAAUUUGUACAAAAUUGUGCACUUUCCAUUACAGCUAGUCUUCAAAUUGUUUUGUGUUCCUUUGCAAACUGGUUACAAAGUCUCACAAAUUUUUUUAGAAUUAAGUUAUACUUACACAAUACCAUUUAGAUUAUUAUCCCAUCGCAAUUCAUUCCAAGAAGGGAUAUAUAUAUAUAUAUAGUAACAGGACCGUUUGUGUGUGAGUGAGUAUGUGGGUAAUACUGAGCUUGUAGACGCACUAUAGGCCACAUUUUUGCUUGACUAAUAUUAUACUUCAUGUGUAGCUUUGUUAUCAAGAGAGGAAAAACCUUAUUGAUUUUGGGGUCAAAGGUCAAGGUCACUACAAGAUUUGAAUCUUCAUAGGAAAAGCUUGUAGACACUCGUUGCAAGGGGAUAUGACCCGCCUUGUGGAGCUCUUUGAAUUUUUUAAACAUGUACUACUCAGACAAUAUCAUAUAAUUUUUUAAGAAUAUGUACUUAAUUUAUUUUACUUGAUCUAAAGCGUACAAUGCCUAUUAUUUUUUAGGUUGUCCAGUUAAAAUUAUCCUCAGAGAAGAAUAUAUUGAGAAACAUUCCAGUGCUAUUUGCUUAGGGAACUACAGUUUUUUGUGUAUAUGCAAAUUACAUAAAUUUUUACACAAAUUAAUCAAAUAUUUUUUCAUAUGAGUGUAUGAAAAAUCAAUGAAAUUGUCCACUAUUUGCUUUAAAAAAGUACCAUUCGAUAAAAACAGAAUUUUAUAUUAAGGUUGCUCACUACAUCUUGAAAAAGUUUCUAAGAUCAACACAAAGUGAUUUAAUCAUGAAAGAUAAAAUUUGGUAAUAAGUACAUGUGUCAAAAAGGUAGGAAAUAUGCAAUUUUGGAUUUAAAAAAAAAGACUUUGGGGGGGGGGGGACUCGAGAUCUGUAGGUCACUAAACCAAUACUUUAUCUACUGAGCUACGAUGAUAGACAAACAAAUAGAUCAAUACAAAUAAAUUUCACAAAACAUAUAAAUUUGCAUCAUGUGAUGAGGUGUCUUAAAAAGUAUAAGAUUUGAUGUAAUGAGCUACCUUAAAAUAAAAAAUGCAUUAAGUAUCUGUCAGGAAAUUUAAUGGCUACCAGAAAAAGGAUAUGUAAAUGUAGGACAAUUCACAUGAAAAAAAAAAAUUUCAUUCCUAUGUGAAUUGAAUGUUUUUGGUAGCAUUUGUAAAUGUACCAAAAAAAUUAUUGUGUGUAUAUUUGAAGGAGUUUUAAUGUUUCUUAAAGUUCAUUUCAACUCUAAAAAAUGGUUUUUAUGAAAGAAGUAUUGCCAGUCGACGUGCCAUAGUGUAUACAAAUCUUAUUAGAUGAAAAUCAUAUUGUCAUCGAACAGAAAACUGUUCUGAAACACUGAAUAUGAGUAAUUAGCAUUCAGUUAUUUUUAAUUUAUUUGCAAAAUGUACUUACUAUUUUUAUGACUUUUGUAAUUUUCAUACCAUACAUGAACAUUAAUUGUUUACAACUAUGCAAUUAAUCACUUUAGUAAUCGGUUAAUUAUCAUGUAUUUUUAAGAUGACAUACCAGAUUAAUGUUGAUAAUAAAUGUUGUUUUCCUGAGUCAAUAGGUAUUUGUUACGUGAACAUAUAAUACCAUCUGGUGAGGAUACUCAUAUGACUUUGUUGAAAUCACAUGACCAUAUUGCAAAAUGCAUCUAGAUGAGUUUUAAUGUGGUUGAACAUUAUAUUUUAUAAACUUUUAAGGUUGUUUCAUGUAUAUCACUCCAUUAUGUGACUUAAUCAAUAUUUUGCAGAUACUGUAGGUUCCCUAUUUCACGCGAGUACUUGAUUUGGCGAAAUGACUUGUAUACGUCAAAUCGUGUGAACAUUAAUUCGCAUAUAGUUGUUAAUCAAGAGUUCUUGCGUGUAUUUUAGCAACAGAGAAAUAAAUGUGAUGCCUCUCGUGAAAUUACGUGAGAAGGAAUUCCUUGCGUAUGUUUAGGAAUCUAUACGGUAUGUUCGAUGCAUUAAAUCUGUGUACUGCCAUAUUGGUUUGCAUCUAGAUUUUUAAAAAUUGUCACACAAUUUUUAUUAAUUUAAAGAUCAUUUAACUUUCUGUUGCUAACAACAUAUUAAUUAGUUGAAAUACAAUACACGAAUAUGUCAUAUUUAGUUCUUCUCUUUGAGACAUUCUUCUCUUUGAGUUCAUGAUUUUGUCUUGUGAAAUGAUAAAUGGAGUGCUAAAUUAAAAUGCCAGCGAGUAUCUAUUUGAUAAUUGAUUUGGGGGGGGGGGGGGGGGGUUCCUUUGCCCAGCUAAACUAGUAAUGCUGAUGUUGCAUCUGUUGCUUGAUAAAGGAGCUUGUGUUGCUUGCUGGAGAUUUUAUUGUAGUUGGUGAUGAUCUUAUUGAUGACAUGACUGGCAAACAAAUGUGAAAGUACCUAGUUUUCUUGUGAAUAAAUACUUUUUAAAAAUAACGUGUCAAUGGGUAAAUCUUCAACCAUCUCCACUCCUUGAUAGGAGUAGAAUAGAAUGAUACCAAAUCAUUUCACCUCCGAAUGAAAGUCCCUUUUAAUGUUUAUUGGAAUUGUUGAUUAAAUCAAAUUUUGUACAUAGAGGUAUAGCCAAGUGCAAGGGAUAUUGUACAGAGUAAUUUUCUUAUUUGAUAAUAUAAUUUUGCUGCUUCUUAUAAGUCUGUUCAACAUUAGAUUGAUUAAAAUUAAUUUUUUCUAAAAAAAAUUAAUCACAUUUUUUCCCCCUUUAUUAAAGGUUUAAUCAAAAGAUAUAGUGAAUGAAAAUUGUAUUUAGCUUCUAUUUUAUAGAAGUUGUAGUAUUAUGAUAAAGUUUUGCUAUCUUUACUGUCUCUCUCUUUUAAAAGUGUGUUGUGGUAUAUGCUUCAUCAAAUUUUGAAGGGGAAAUUAUGUUGAUAUUCAUUGAAACUGAAUUUAAAAAAAAAAAAAGAAAAAGGAAAUUGUGGUAAUACUUUCUUUUGUACAAGAUUGUUAAAGAAUGAUAAAUCCUUAACAAUUCAAUUGUAAUGAAAGCUUUAUGAUUAAUUAAUAUGCAGAAAGUAAGCUACUAAUAUUUUUUGUUGUGUUUUGUUUUUGAUUAUAGCAAUUUUUAUCUAAUUAUUGAAACACCUAACAAGAAUAAUCACAAUAAUUUUAACCCUUAAGUUUGAUGUGUAUUUUGAUACCAUAUAUUUGUUCUGUUACUUUGGGCAUUACAAUUGUUGAUAUGUUAUGAACUGUGGCAAUGGAUUUUAAUUCAGUGUAUGUAUUUUACCGUUCAUGUAUAUUUUACUAAUAUUUUUAGCUCACCUGAGCUGAAAGCUCAAGUGAGCUUUUCUGAUCACCCGUACUCCGGCGUCUGUCCGUCCGUCUGUCCGUCUGUAAACUUUUCACAUUUUCAACUUCUUCUCAACAACCACUGGGCCAAUUUCAACCAAAGUUGGCACAAAACAUCCUUAGGUAAAGGGAAUUCUAAAUUGUUAAAAUAAAGGGCCAGGCCACCUUCCAAGGGGAGAUAAUCAAGAAAAGGUAAAAAUAGGGUAGGGUCAUUAAAAAAUCUUCUUCUCAAGAACCACUGGGCCAGAAAAGAUGAAAUUUAUAGAUAAGCUUUAUUAGGUAGUGCAUAUUCUAAAUUGUUAAAAUCAUGGCCCCCGGGGGUCGGAUGGGGCCACAAUAGGGGGUCAAAGUUUUACAUACAAAUAUAUAGGGAAAAUCUUUAAAAAUCUUCUUCUCAAGAACCACUGAGCCAGAAAAGCUGAGAUUUAUAUGAAAGCUUCCUUAUAUAAUGCAAAUUCUAAAUUGUUAAAAUCAUGGCCCCCGGGGGUCGGAUGGGGCCACAAUAGGGGGUCAAAAUUUUACAUACAAAUAUAUAGGGAAAAUCUUUAAAAAUCUUCUUCUCAAGAACCACUGAGCCAGAAAAGCUGAGAUUUAUAUGAAAGCUUCCUUAUAUAAUGCAGAUUCUAGAUUGUUAAAAUCAUGGCCCCCGGGGGUCGGAUGGGGCCACAAUAGGGGAUCAAAGUUUUACAUACAAAUAUAUAGGGAAAAUCUUUAAAAAUCUUCUUCUCAAGAACCACUGAGCCAGAAAAGCUGAGAUUUAUAUGAAAGCUUCCUUAUAUAAUGCAAAUUCUAAAUUUUUAAAAUCAUGGCCCCCGGGGGUCGGAUGGGGCCACAAUAGGGGAUCAAAGUUUUACAUACAAAUAUAUAGGGAAAAUCUUUAAAAAUCUUCUUCUCAAGAACCACUGAGCCAGAAAAGCUGAGAUUUAUAUGAAAGCUUCCUUAUAUAAUGCAGAUUCUAGAUUGUUAAAAUCAUGGCCCCCGGGGGUCGGAUGGGGCCACAAUAGGGGGUCAAAGUUUUACAUACAAAUAUAUAGGGAAAAUCUUUAAAAAUCUUCUUCUCAAGAACCACUGAGCCAGAAAAGCUGAGAUGUAUAUGAAAGCUUCCUUAUAUAAUGCAGAUUCUAAAUUGUUAAAAUCAUGGCCCCCGGGGGUCGGAUGGGGCCACAAUAGGGGAUCAAAGUUUUACAUACAAAUAUAUAGGGAAAAUCUUUAAAAAUCUUCUUCUCAAGAACCACUGAGCCAGAAAAGCUGAGAUUUAUAUGAAAGCUUCCUUAUAUAAUGCAGAUUCUAGAUUGUUAAAAUCAUGGCCCCCGGGGGUCGGAUGGGGCCACAAUAGGGGGUCAAAGUUUUACAUACAAAUAUAUAGGGAAAAUCUUUAAAAAUCUUCUUCUCAAGAACCACUGAGCCAGAAAAGCUGAGAUUUAUAUGAAAGCUUCCUUAUAUAAUGCAGAUUCUAAAUUGUUAAAAUCAUGGCCCCCGGGGGUCGGAUGGGGCCACAAUAGGGGAUCAAAGUUUUACAUACAAAUAUAUAGGGAAAAUCUUUAAAAAUCUUCUUCUCAAGAACCACUGAGCCAGAAAAGCUGAGAUUUAUAUGAAAGCUUCCUUAUAUAAUGCAGAUUUUAAAUUGUUAAAAUCAUGGCCCCCAGGGGUCGGAUGGGGCCACAAUAGGGGGUCAAAUUUUUUUUAUUUUUUUUUCGGUUUUUUUUUUUUUUUUUUUUUUUUUUUUUGAUAUAGUGCAGAUUCAAGUUCAUUAAAAUCAUGGACCCCGGGGAUUGAAUGGGGCCUCAAGGGGGGCAUCAAAGUUUUACAUACAAAUUUAUAGGAAUAAUCUUUUAAAAUCUUCUUCUCAAGAACCACUGAACCAGAAAAGCUGAGAUUUAUAUGAAAGCUUCCUGAUAUAGUGCAGAUUAUAAAUUGCUAAGAUCAUGGCCCCCGGGGGUCGGAUGGGGCCACAAUAGGGGGUCAAAGUUUUACAUACAAAUAUAUAGAAAAAAUCUUUAAAAAUCUUCUUCCCAGAACCACUAAGCCAGAAAAGCUGAGAUUUAUAUGAAAGCUUUCUGAUAUAUAGUACAGAUUCCAAAUUGUUAUAAUCCUGGCACCUGGGGGUCAGAUGGGGCCACAAUAGGGGAUCAAAGUUUUACAUACAAAUAUAUAUGAAAAAUCUUUAAAAAUCUUCUUCUCAAGAACCACUAAGCCAGAAAAGCUAAUAUUUGCAUGAAAGCUUUCUGACAUAGUGCAGAUUCAAGUUUGUUCAAAUCAUGGCCCCUGGGGUAGGAUGGAGCUACAAGGGGGGAUCAAAGUUUUUCAUACAAAUAUAUAGGGACAUUCUUUUAGAAUCUUCUUCUCAAGAACCACUGAGUCUGAAAAGCUGAUAUUCACAUGAACAGCUUCCUAACAUAGAGCAGAGCUAAGUUUGUUCAAAUCAUGGCCCCCUGUUGUAGGAUGGGGCCACAAUAGGGGAUCAAAGUUUUACAUACAAAUAUAUAGGAAUUUUUUUAAAAAAAUCUUCUUCUCAAGAACCACUGAGCCAGAAAAGCUGAUAUUUACAUGAAAGCUUUCUGAUAUAGUGCAGAUUCAAGUUUGUUCAAAUCAUGGCCCCUGGGGGUAGGAUGGGGCCACAAGGGGGGAUCAAAGUUUUACAUACAAAUAUAUAGGAAAAAUCUUCAAAUAUCUUCUUCUCGUGAACCAUUGGGCCAAAGAAGUUCACAUUUACAAGAAAAAUUUCUGACAUAGUGUAGAUUCAAGUUUGCGAAAACUAUGGCCUCCAGGGGUAGAUUGGGGCCAUGAUAAGGACUACGGUUUUACAUGCAAAUAUAUAUAGAAAGUCUUCUGAUAUGGACCAAGGUGACUCAGGUGAGCGAUGUGGCCCAUGGGCCUCUUGUUAAAAAUAGAAAUUGUAUGAUUGAAGCUCCCACCAUGCCAUUUUGAUAUAAAUAUCGGAACUGGUCUUCUCAUUUUCAAAACAAUUCUAAAACAAGUAAACAUGUAAUGCACAACUCUAAUGAAUACUCAAAAUUAUAUCAGGACUAGAGAGUGGUCAGAUUGUAUGCUGUAUUAACAAGUACACCAUAUUUGAAAGACAUACAUAUCUUACUAUCAGUGAAAAUUAUACAGUAUUAAGAUUUGUUUUUCGAGACUUUUUGGCACUGUCAAUUCAUAACUUUUAAAAAGCUUUUUUUGUGAGCGAUUAAUAUCAUUUUAAUUAGGUUUUUGACAAAAGCAUUAAUAUUGUAAGAACUAAAUAUUUGCAAAACAAGAAUGGCAAAUAAAAUGGGGGUGUACUGUAAACAGGGUAUUAUUUCAACAUGGAAUUUUUCUUAAGUAAAUAACUACGCCCCUUAGAUGAGACGUAAAUGUACCUUUGUCAUGUUAGUAGUAAAUACUGCUGAUGUUUAUCAAUAAUUUGUUUGCAGUCAGUAUGUUUGGUUAAGAAUCAUAUUUAUAUGUCCAUUUCUUUCUUUAUCAAUUUGUAUGCAGUUAGUAUGCUUAGUAGAGAAUUUUUUAUGAAAUCUUUUGGUAUGAAAACACACCAGUACAUGCUUGUUGGGGUUGCAAAGACAGUUAUUAAUUAUUCCGCAUUGAAAUAUUACCCUGUUUGUAUAAAUAACCGGUUUGUGGAUUAACAUAAAAUAUUCUGCUUUUGUUGUACAUUUUGUUUUGACAUUGAAGGGAAAAAAACCGUAAUGGGCAUUAUUGAAUAUUUAAAUCUUCUUGACUUGAUGAAAUUUCCUUUCUUUUCUCCCUUGAAUAUUAUGAGUUUUUCAUGCAUCAUUCAGUAAUAAAAUGUAUAGAGAGAGUUUUAAAACAUGGAAUAUUUGUUCCAAAAGGAUAUUAAGGUAUGAUAUAUCCAUUUUACAUGAUUCACAAAUAUAGGUUCAUUUAUCUACUUGUUAUCAGUUAAACUGAAGUGUCAUGUUAUUAUUUUAGACAUGUGUAACAUGUUAAAUAUAAAUAUAAGUAUGUUUUAUCUUGAGAGAGAAAAACAACAUUUGUACAGAUAGCAUUUGAUAUGUGAGAAGUUGAAAUUUCAGGAGUAUAAAUUCUGCAAGAAUCUAGGAAGUUAUUGAAAUACCGACUAUCUGAAAUGUGAGAAAAUUGUAUUCAGUGUGUACAAAUAAAUUCUUUUUUAAAA